AUGAGCAUAUCUGUAUCACUAUUCUUCCUUGUAUCUGCACUGCUGGUGUUCUACAACACAUAUACACAUCUUUGGUUUCAAAUAAUCAAAAUCUUUGAACCCACAAAGUUCAAUUCAAAAUAUGCAGACAUUAAAGAUGAUGAUUUAAACUCAAGUUCAUUUGUCAAACUAAUAUCAAGUGAUGAAUUAAGUAUAUCAAACCAAAGAAUCAUAGAUCUUUUGAAGAAAUUUUCAAGAAUUGCAUUCUCAACAAGUAUUACAACAUCUUUUUUAGUCAUUGAAUUUAUUCUGUAUCAUUUUAUUAGUGAUGGUGGAAAUCAAGAUAAUCAUACUGCUCUAAAUUUAUGGAAUUUGAACCUGGUGGUGAUUACAAUCAAUCUGAUAGUAAUACAUCCUAUACUGAUAACGGUCUUACUGGUUAACAAGUUUUUCAAAUCAAGUUUGCUCAAUAAUUUGACCAUCAAAUCAAUAGCUACAUUGAUAAUUUUCAUCUUUUGGUGUCUCACAUUAUCAAAAUUUGAUUCAUUCACAGAUUUAAACAUUGUGGACAAUACAGACUCACAUGUUAUUGCAUAUUACCUAUUGAGAAUAUCAGUCAUUGGUAUAACUUUGAUUGCUGCUCUCAAUGGUGUUGGUUCAUUCUCAACAGCGUAUUAUAAUUUCUUCAAGAGAUUCAAGAGAUCUAAUUCAACUUCAUCAUUUCAACAAUCUACACCUCAAUAUCUGGAAACCCUGGAGAAAACUUUACAAAAUACAAGUAACAUGAUCAAAAGUAAAGAAAUUGAAUAUGAAAAACAACAAUCAUCAAGACCAUAUGCCGAUGAUUCUCAAUUGAAUAAAAGACCUGGAUUCCAACCAAAGAAAUCAUUCUUAGAUCUAAAUACUUUAAAUCAAACACUCAACCCUUUCAAAAGUAAUACGUCAAAAGUUGAAAAUGAACUGAUUUCAGAGAUCAAUUCUUUGAAAAUUAUCAAAAAUGAUAUAUACCUCAAGAUGUUAAAAGUUGAAAGAAAUAUAAACCAAUCUACAUCACAAGAUAAAUUUCACGUUAAAAUACGGAAAAUCAUUCAAUUAUCAUUAUCAAUAUAUUGUACGUUCAAAAUACUACAAGUGACAUCAAUAAAGAUCAUCUCAAUUUUCAAUUCUAAAUUCUAUGAUGAAGUUUCCACAAAGGAAUCAGAUCCACUGGUGCUAACCAUUGUGAAAACAAUUCAAAUAUUCAUCACAGUCAAAGAUGAAGAAUUCAUAACAAAUCAAUUGAGUUUCAUAGUAUCCGGCGCAUUGUUUCUUUGUUCAAUAAAUGGUGUAUUCAUGACAUUCCAACAUUUAUACAGAUUCCUACCAUUAGAUCUAUCAAAAUUGAGCAAGACAACAACUCCAAAUACCAAAUAUCAAUCAGUUUCAAUCAUCAAAAAUUUAUUAAUAAGUGAAUUGACAGGGAUCUAUACUUUAGCCACCAUCUUAAUCUUGAAAUCAAAUCUAACUUCAAAUUUUAGUUCAAAAUUAAACACUUUAUUUUCAUUAACAAAUCAAAACAUUUCAAUCGUUCAAUUGGAUAAUUGGUUCGACAAGAUAUUUUUGGUUAGUGUUGUUCUAACUGCAGUUUGUAUAAAAACUGCAGAAUACCUAAGUGAUGAUAUUGAUGGGUUUGAAGACCAAGCAUUAGCUGGAAAGAUUGUAUAG